AAGUUGGAACCUUUGCACGCAACGCACGUACACGGUAUUAUUCGGGUAAACGAGUGCUAAAAUACUUAUAGCAGGUUUUGCUACGCGAGUGCUAACAGCACAUUGUUUGUGUUGUGCGGUGGCAAUGCGCGCUUACGUGUGUAUCUUCUCAUUGUUGUAAAUGUAAAACGAAAUGCAUGAAAUUGUAUAUGAGAAUGAGUUUAUUGCAUUUCCUUAAUUAAAAACGCUAAUGAAUGAAGAUUUAAGGAAAUUCGUUUUCUUAAGCAAAAAAAAAAAAAAAAAAAAAAAAAAAAUUGGCAAAAAAUUUUUCUAAAUUUUUAAAAUUCUAAUUUACGUGACAAGCUUGUUAUUACAGAUGUUGUGAUCUGUAAUCUGAAAGUAGCCAAGCGGAGAAAUGCAAGUGGAUCUAGGAAAGCAAACAAACGAAGCACAUUUAUUUAUUAAUACUUUCUGGUGUGCCUUGGGAGCCAUAACAUUAGUGGUUAUUGCCGCCUUAUCUUAUUGGUUACGAAAAUGCAGGACAUUACCAGCGAAAUACCCCCAUUGCAGCCAGUCUGCAGUGAGGAAGUUAUUUUCAAUUGUCGUCAACAACAACAACAACAACAACAGCAACAGCAGCAAAAACAGCCUCAACAACAGACGCCUACAACUGCCGCCACUUCUAUAUUCAAGGAACGACAACAUCAACAGCAACCAUUACAACCGCUCAAUACUCAGAAAACUAAAAUUAUUACAAGAUCACAGUCAUCAAAAGUUAUACAAGAUCUUCAGCAUAAUCAUAAUCAACGUUCAUGGCAUCAAUUGAAACAGCAACAAUCGUUGCCUACACCAUUGCACGCCAACAACGGAGGCAACUCCAUACCGAACGGCCAUAAUCAUCCCAAAUCGGUAUCAAUACUCGUAUAUAAAACGUUGAAUACCGUAUUCAAGAGCAGUCGUAAGAUAAUCGUACGCGUAUGCGAGGUGGCUAGUGUUAGAAAGAGCUUCACCAUGUUUAAAUUUAAUAAAGCCGCUCAACAGAGCCGAGCCGACGCUAGAGCCAAUGCUUGUACCGGUCACGAUCAAUUUGUACGACCACCUGUAUCCGAUAAAAAAGCAAAGCACAUUAUAAAAAAACUGAAUAAACAAAAUGGAUUGAAACGCUCGAACUCAGCCAUCGAAUUUGAUGUAUCUGCCCUAACAGCCGCCAACCGACGUAAUCUUUAUUGCAGCGAUCGCUCAAUGAGCUCGGAACAUGAUUAUUCCGAUCAAUCAGAACAUUCGGAGAAAUCACCUUUGGUUAGCGCAAGGUUAGACAGUCUCGCUAGGCUAUUUUUUAGCAAAUCGAUGCCAGCGGAAACCGGAAGUAGAGACACAAUAGAAUCAGUACUAACAACAAGACCCAAUAUCAAAUAUCAAUAUUCGGCUUUAGAUAGUGGUAAUGGUAUUGUGGAACGUUCACCUAGGGAACGGGCACAGCGUGAACGGGCUCUCAACGCCACCCAAGAAUGGAUACAAAACUCAAAUGGGCGUUACGAAGUGCUAGCACAUUUAGAUGAAAUCGGUUCAAGGCAUGGGAAACAUUGGUUCUUAGUAACAGAUGCUACGGUGCGUACGGAUCGUUUAUUAACUUUGUUGUCUCUGCCUCCCGACUGUGUGGCCUUUGAAGAUUUACCGCCUUCAGAAAAUCCACGUGGAAUGCUUAUGGAACUUUUGGGUUCUCUGCACCAUCCAUACAUUUAUCCCGUAUUGGAUUUGGGAUUUUUGCAUACAUCCUCGGGUAAUUAUGCCUGCUUGGUAACUCCCUUCAAUUCGAGAGGUAGCCUGAAAGACUUAAUAUUCAAGGCUCAAUGGAAUGAACCCUGGUCACGCAAGUAUACACGGAAACCGAAUGGAUUGCCAGUCACGCAAGUUCAACGCUUAGGACGACAGAUUUUGGAGGCCUUACUGUUCCUAAAAGAGCGGGGUUUUCCAUUGCAUGGCCAUUUGCAUAGCGGAAAUGUGAUUUUGCAAAACGGCGCAGCCAGAUUAUCUGGCUUAGAGAACGGGUUAUUGGGACUUAGCUCACGUAUCAACGCUAUUAUGUGGUCACGUUCUGUGGCCGAUAUUGAGAAUGUCGAUAUUAUAUGUUUUGGUCAUUUGCUUUAUGAAAUGUGUAUGGGUCAAGAGAUGACCACGCCAAAACCGUCCAUGAGGGUGCUAGAAAUGGAAAUGGAACAUUAUCCACAAAUUUUAGAUGUUCUGGGUUUAAUAUUCGAGCCACCGAAUGGAGCAUGUCCAACGGUAGAGGAUUUAGUAUUAUGUGACUUAUUUAGAUCUAUCGAUCUAAGGGAGUUACGUGGUCCCUGCUUUAAUACAAUCAAGCCGAGCCUUAGUCGUUCCACCUUAAAUUUACUGCAAGCGGUAAAGAAACGACAAUGUGCGUCUUUGGGUAAUUCAUUAAGCGAGACAAGUUCACCUUGCACACCACCUUCAACACCCAGAGAUCACAGAGCUGGCAUUAGCCGAACAAUGGAAUCUUUUGAUUGCAUAUCAAGUGAUUCAGAAGAAGGCCUACUUGAUGAAAUUGUCGUCGGUUGUAAUUAUCAUCAACAACAAUUGCAACGUAUGCAGAUCUAUCAGAAACAUCAACAAAGUCAUCAUAAACGAGCUUCUAGCUCGAGCCAACAUCAUCAUCAUCAUAGUUAUCCAUACUUGGCCCAAAAGUCACCCUACGAUACCAUGGAAUCACCAAUACACUACUGUGACAAUACUACUCAGUUGGAGGAUAAUCAUAUUUCAGUUUACCAGGAGGCUACAGAGCCUAAAAAAGAACGAGGAACAGAAAAGCAACACGAACAAGAACAGUCUCAACAGAUUCAAGUGAUUCAAGAGCAACAGCCACAGCAGACCAUGACACGUUGCAGUUCAAGUACUUCAAGCAGUUUGAAUUUAAAACUUAGUGGCUCUGGAGGUGCGGCGGGCAUGGGGGAUAGCAUAUGCUCUUCGGAAAGUAGCAUUACUGCCACUACAAUUAUCUCACAUGAAGAAACCGAAAACGUGCCACAAAUACCUCCCCAACAGCAACACCAACCACAAUCAUCACAGCAACCAACAACAUUAAUCGUCGACCGAAUCGAAGAAAAUGAAAAAGAGAAUAUUAAGCCUAAAGAAAAUUUAACUCUGGGCGGGUUAAAUUCAACCAACGCACAGCCCAGUGGUAACUCUCAUCCCUCAGCCUUAACAGCAGCCGUAGUCUCGUUCAACCAUCAAUUAACAGCCGAUAUAUGUAAUUUUAAAAAUUCAAAAAGCAGACGUCUAGAGUACUCGCUAAAAUGUUUAAAGUAUGGUCGCAGUAAUCCUUCACAAGAUUCUGCUUUUGGGUCCUUAACGGACAACGAUUUGUCCACAGGAUCUUCAAGCUUUCGUCUUAGUAGUUUUCAAUCAAUCUCCUCGCCUAUUGAUGAAGGUGUAGAAGAUAUAAUAAUAGCAACAACUACAGCGGGCCAUGAAACUUGCCUGGAAUUGACAACGCUACCACGUGGCAUGGCUUCUCAAGAUUCAGCCAUAUCAUCGCCUUGUCGCGAAUCUUCGCCCAGCAAUUUUCUAAAUAUUGAGGAAGGCUCGUGUUCGGGUGCGUCUAGUUCGUCAGGCUCUACUGGCAAUCUGAGACCACAACAUUUUCCAGUAUCGCUGUCCCCUAAAAUACUGGUCACUGCAACAACUAAUUCUAGUAAUUCCAGCUUAUCCUCCAACACUUGUGCGCCAACCAGCAAUCAACAACAGCAGCAACAACAACAAUUUGACCCCCCGAAAAUCCUAGUAAAUGAUCAAAAUUCUAUUUAUACAACUUCUCCAUCCAAACGUUCCGGAACUAUCGAAGUUUUCUCUCAAAAAUACCGUGUUAGCUCCUUUGAAGACAUGUCGCCUAACAAACGUAGUUCUAGCUCGGACAAGCAACACCUCAAAAAUGUCAAUCGUUUGGCUUUCCGAUCGCUAGAAGAAGAGCGACGAAUAGAUAAUGCGUUCAUGCCGAUAACAGAUAGGACACAUUCUGACAAUCGCGUUAAUGUCCAGAGCGAAAAGUAUAAAAAACUUACUCACGCCUCAUUUCGUAUAAGCAAAACUUCCAGUCAGGUCAUACCGCACGAUAUAUCACCAGGUCAAGUGACUACAUCAUCGCCAGGAUCCUCCACAACUUUAGCCGGUUCUGGUAUAUCUCUGGAAAUGCAAAGACCAGCUACAGCUUCGGGAUCGUCUAACAGUCGUCAAACUAUAUGGCGCGACAGCAAAUUCUAUCGCAAAAAUCGCAUUGCCAAAUCCAACGACUCUCUUUUAGAGUCUUCUCCGAAUCACUCGGCGCGUCUAUCGCCAUCUUCGUUGCGCGACAAUCAUUAUGAUAGUUCGUCCUCGUAUUGUAGUCGCAGUCAUAGCCGCCAAUCUCUAAAUCGUGGUGGUUCUAUUAAUGAAAUUUUGGGUUCCAAUCAAACCCUCGGACCCGAAAUAACUGUUACCACUAGCUUCUGCAAUAAUUCAUCAGUUAACAAUCGACGUUAUUGCAGUUCAAAAAGUGAAGAUCUCGCGGACUCUUCAGACUAUUUACGCGUUAUGGACACUCGCAAAUCGUACUCGGAACGUCAUUUAGUUACCUUAACCACACUCAAACAGACAGCCAUUAAUAAUACUAUGCCUUUGAACAGCAACGAUCCUUGCUGUCUAUCUGAAGAUGAAAUGAGCUUCAACGAUGACAAUAAUGCUUGUGGUGGUCAAGCGAAUGUACCAGCACAAGCAAUACCAUCACAGUCGUCUCAAUAUCAUAAACAACAACGUCAUCAACGACAUUAUCAAUUGCAACCAUCCAAAACCCAAUACGCCAAAUAUAAUCAAGAACAGCAACAAAUGGGACAACAACAUGCAAAACAAAGUUAUAAAAAGCGACCCCACCCCAACCAGCUUAGCUGGAGUUCAUGCUCGAUUAAUCGCCUAAAAACGACCAAUAUUAAGACCACCUCUUUGGCUACAUUACCCUGCCAACAAAAUUCAACUAGCCCAGCUGGUUCCACUUAUAAUAUCAAUCAACAAUUAUCGCAAUUAUCUAGUACUGCCGUCGCCUCGUCGUCUCUGCAGAAGCCGAUCACAUCCUCUACGCCACUCUUAAUACUAGAUACCACCAGAUCUCCCAAACGCUCGCAAUCACGCAAUGCCGUGUUCAAAACAUUAGAUAAUACCACAGACACCAGUACCAGUGAUAAUAGCAAUCCAAAUAGCGUUAACAUAACACUCAGCGAAGAGAAUAGUUCUCCAGAUGAAUCGCCAUCGAGGCGUACGUUAAGUGGCAUAGAAUUAGCUAAAAUAUUCUCAAUGGACGAUGGAGCUGGAUGCAGUAGUUGCUGCAGUGAAGAGAAAACACCGCUGCUGGACAGCGUUGAAAUGUCCCCAAUUAGUCCUACGGAACCAGGCAAUGAAGAAAAGGAUAAAGAAAAUGGUGAAAAGCAGGAAAAGCGUUCACAAAGGAGUGAAAAAAUGUGAUAUGAUAAAUUUUUGCAAUGAAUGAAAAAGAUUGGGGAAAAAAUAUUCACUUAAACAAAAAUAAGAGAAAAAAGAAAAAAUCCCCCAAGAAAUAAAACAGUUAAUUCUAAUAUUGAAGAGUUGAAAUAAAGAUAUUUGUAGUUAGACAAAAAUUUCUAGAUGUGUUACUAUGGUUACAUAUAUAUAUAUAUAUAUAGGGAAGUAGUGAAUGAGUAUAAUGAACAAAUGACAAACACGUAUGCUAUGGAGAUAUGGAGAAAAAAUUUAAAAACUGAGUUUUUACUCUCACACAAACACAUAUAAUAUCAUAAAUAGAGAAAAAAAAUGAUGCGAAUGAGAUAAUUUUGAGCGCGGUAUACCUGAAUUCCUUUCUUAGAUUACGAAUUACAAUUUGAUUACAAUUUACAUCCACUUCUACUUGAGACUUUAAAAGCUUUUCAAAUUUUUUCCAUCUCUUCGAAGGUAAGAAUGAUAUUUCACGACCAUUCGAUCCCUUAAAC